CCUCGGCUCACGUUAGCAAGAAGCACCUUCUAUCUCUGUGGAACUUCUGAUGAUGCUUUGCCUAUUCACAGUCUCUUUGCAAUUCCACACUUUUCAUUUCCCCCAAAUUCCUCUCUUAGGUAAUUAACACUCUUCAUUUCAUCCUAUUGCUUUUAUCUCAUGAAAUUCAUUGGGAAUUGGACUUUCAUGUUUCAAUUAUUUGUCCUAAAUUCAUUUUAUUCCAUGCAUACAAGAAAGAUAUUUGUGAAUUAAUCCAGGACCAUGCAAUUCGUUUCAAUUGGAAUAGAAUAUAUUAUACACAAAGAGGGUUGUUGAUUUGUUUGUUGGUUAAGGGAGAUAGCGAUAGUACUAGUUGUUCUUUAGCUUUAUUUUCUUUGCAAAUUCUGUUUCUGAAUGGAUGGCAUUGAGGAUGAUGCGAGGUAUCCCCCUAACCCCUAUCGUAUCAUCACUCACCACCGAGGUUAUGGUUAUCAAAAUUCUCCAUAUUCCCCCCCUGUUGAUGCUGAAUAUGCCCAACAUGAUAGUGAUCAAAAUGAAGAACGAGAGAAGUUAGAAGGGGAAGAUGAGGUUUACCAAAGUAACAGCCUUCAGAUUCCCCAAAAGGAUCCUGAUGAAGAAGAUGGCAUGGAUGGGGGUGGUGAUGAAAAUCAUGAUGACCAUUAUGAUUAUAACCAUGAUGAUGAUGAUGAUGAUGAGGAGGAGGAGGAGGAGGAGGAGGAGGAGGGGGAAAAUAAGCAGAUUAGUUAUGAUGCCACCAAAAUUGAAGAUGAUUUAGAGUCGCACCCUAAAAAGCAAAAGCUGAAGAGUUUGAUUUUGGCCUAUGAACUCGCGCCUCGAGUGCCAGCACCAUCCGAAGCUCCCUCAGUUCCUAAACCAUCUUCUGGGGGUAGGAAUUCACUUACUGACUGGACUGAGCAGGAGACAUUUGUUCUUCUUGAUGCAUGGGGUGAUAAGUUUCUACAACAUGGAAGGAAGAGUCUUAGAUGUGACGAAUGGCAAGAAGUUGCAAAAAUGGUGUCACAAGUUUCAAAAAUUGAAAGGACUGAGACUCAGUGUAGAAAUCGCCUAGAUACAUUGAAAAAGAAAUACAAGAAGGAGAAGGCUAAAUUUCCAGAUAGUGAUGGUGGAGCUUUCAAAUGGGUUUAUUUCAAGAGGAUGGAUGAGCUAAUGUCUUCUCCUCCUCAACAAGCUCGUCUCUCUUGUGGUUUGGACUCAGGAGAGUAUGUUUUUAUGAACCCUGGAGUUUAUUUGAACCAUGCAAAUGGGUUGGAUGAAAUGAGGGAUAGUCCUGAGAAUACUGAAUCCACUGGUGAAGAAGGUUCUGAUGGACCUCAAGCCAAGAAAAGAAGGAAAGGAAGGGGAAGUGGUGAAGCUUCUUCCUUCAGGUUACUUGCUGAUUCCAUUCAAAAAAUCAGUAAGAUAUAUGAGAAGAUAGAAAAUAAUAAAAGGCAGCAGAUGAUGGAACUGGAAAAGAUGAGGAUGGAUUUCCAUAGGGAAUUGGAAACACAGAAGAGGCAGAUUUUAGAGAAUUUGCAGUGCGAGAUUUCAAAACUAGAGCAGAGAAAUGAUCAGAACGAUGAUUCUUCUGAGAAUGUCCAUAUCCAAGAGGACGAGGGAAGAAAAGGACCAACGCCUUACUCUGGAAAAUACAAAGUUGGUGUUGCGUGCUUGGAAGCUUUAAACACCUGAAUUUCUGGUGUGUUGAAAAAAUGUCUUCGCUACCUAUCUUUUACUUAUCGAAACCCUGGACUCAACUUUGCUUACGUGCUUUUCUCAUCUUUUGGUAAGGCAGACUUGGAAUGUAAUUUUAUAAAGUUUAACUCUUUACAUGUAAAUUUUCAAAAGCUUAAAAAUAAAUUUUAAAAUAUUAAUUUUGGUGAACCAGUGAUGGUCCCAAAAAUACAGCUAUAUCUGCAGUAUUCGACAAAAAUCAUUUCCCGAGUUA